CGGGCGCCGCAGCCGCAGCCGCAGCGGAGCCGGGCGCUGCGCAGCCUCCCCCGGGACGCGGGCAGCCCUGGGGCCUCCAGCCGAACAGAAUGACCAGCUUUGCCACCCUUUGGCAGAGGUGCGGGGACCUGGCUGCCCCCAGGAUUUGGGUUUGGCAGACCGUCCCCCGAGAGAAGCAAAGUGCCUCUCCUGUCGCCCGGCGGUGCAAGCCGGAGAGGUGAAAGGGAAGGUUAAAGAGAGGCGGCUGAGUGGCUCCCGUCAAAAAGACUCGCUGAACACAACAAACUCAUUCAAGCCCUGCUAAUGUCCGCGGGUUUUCAGGUGCAUAAAACCCCGGAUGCGUUUGAAGGGCCGAAAGGAGACAGCUCUGGUCUUCCCUUCCCUCCUCUCCUGGUCAUACAGCUUCCUGAGCUCAUGUUUCACUGCAUCCAGCCCUGCUGGCUCUUUUGGUCUAGCAAAGAGAAAAUCCAAGCCCCUGCAGUAAAAAAAGGAUGAAUAGUAACUCAGGGCAUAGACAUCUGUUCGGUUUGAAGCUUUCCAAGUGCCUUUGAAGUGCUGCAAAAAGCAGUGGUGCAGACACACAUGCCUGACGAGGCACUUCAGAGAUGCCCGUUCCGCUUCAGAAAUGACCCUGGGAAAAAAACAGCAACGCCUUUGAAGUGCUUCACUCCAGAGCGCUUCAUGUCACAUUGGCACCCUCCAGCAGAGCCCCAUAGGGGGUUGCUCGGUCCUCCAGCAUCCCACGGUGCUCUGCUCCCCACCCCUCCACACAGCUCGAAGCAGCUGCCUCGGUGACUCGCACUGAUCUCCACUGCUCUGAGCUCUCAGAAUCAAGCUCGCAUGUGGCCGCGGCUAUUGAUUUUUGGGCACGACGGCAAGCCAAGCCCUCGCUUUGCCUGACCCCUACCCCAAGGGCUCAGCCUCUGUUGUACUGGGAUAGCAUCGAGGACCCACUCAAAGCGGGUCCCCCGAGGCCAGCACCCAUGAUGUCACUGCAAAUCCCUCCUGCCCCACCUGCAAAGCGCUCUACCAACUGGAGGGAAUCGGAGGUGAUGGACCUGCUGGACAUUUGGGGCGAGGAGGACAUUCAACGGGCGCUCCGGACAACCCGUCGCAACCAGGCUGUCUACGAGCGCAUUGCCUCUGAAAUGACACUGCGGGGGCACAACCGCGACUGGCACCAGUGCCGCGCCAAGGCCAAGGUGCUAAAGGCACACUACAAGAAAGCCCGCGAGGCCAAUCGGGCUGGUGGCGGCUGCAAGGUGAUGUGUGCCUACUAUGAGGAGCUGUCACAGAUUCUAGAGGAGGACGACUCCACAGAGGCCCUCUACAUCGUCGACAUUGGUGGCAACCCUCAAGCCACUGAAAUCUCUGAUGCCUCUGACCGGGAGGAGAAGGAGGACACUCCAGUUCUAGCCCCCAUCAUCAUCAAGGAGGAGGCACUAGAGAUUCAAGAAGAGUCCCCAUCCUCCCAGGAGACCUCCGACGAGGUGGACAUCAAACCACCAGCCCCGUUCUGGCAGGACAUCCUCCUGACCUCACACCAGACCGGACCAUCAGCCUUGUGUCCAGCUGCGUCCUCCUCUCAGCCAACUGUGCCUUCCACGUUCCCAACACCUGGGCAUCUGCUGACUGUCCUCUCGCAGAUGCCGCCAAGCAUUGCCCCACAGCUGACGACAGCAGGCCAAGCCUCUCCUUCCCCAGGACCCAGCUGCCUGGGGAUGCAGACAGACUGGCUGGGCACACCACCCCCUGGUAAGCUGCGCUCCAUCCCCAUGACGGUCUGACCCCACGGCAUCAUAGGGCUCUCCAAAGGGGCACAGGGUCCUGCUGGGUUAUCCAGGGAGGACACGGAUAACCAUGUUCAGGCCAUCCCUGGGGAGACUUUGCUUUGCACACAGUGGGCACAGGGGGCAUGCUCCGUGAUGGGUAAAGAUUUCCCACCGGUGGAGAUGACCAGGACGCUGACACAUCUGCUGAUGGUUCCCGGUGCCCUGCCUUGGCUUGUCAGCUUGGUGUUGAUGGCAGGGU